AUGAUAAGCAUUCACACUGAGGGAAAAACCAGAGAUGCCUUGAUCCAGCUCUUACUCGAAUUUAAAGAUGUGUUUGCAUGGUCUUACGAUGACAUGCCCGGAUUAAGUGUCGAUUUGGUGGUACACAAAUUACCGACUCAUCCUGAUUAUCCACCCGUCCAACAAAAACAAAGGAAAUUCAAAACAGACAUCAGUGACAAAAUUAAAGAAGAGGUUACCAAACAAUUAAAAGCCGGUGUAAUCCGAGUUGUCAGAUACACCACAUGGCUAGCUAACGUAGUCCCGGUACCAAAAAAGGAUGGAAAAAUUCGAGUAUGUGUUGAUUACAGAGAUUUGAACAAAGCAAGUCCUAAGGACAAUUUCCCGUUGCCAAACAUCCAUAUCCUGGUCGACAAUUGUGCCAAACAUGAGGGUCAUGCCCUUCAAACCCAAGAAUACCAUGUCCGAGAUCUGAGAAAAUUUUUUGAGCGGCUGCGCAAGUAUGAUUUGAAACUAAACCCUGCUAAAUGUGCGUUUGUUGUACCAUCCGGGAAACUCUUGGGGUUUAUAGUCAGCCGGAGGGGCAUUGAAUUAGAUCCAACCAAGAUAAAAGCUAUCCAAAAUCUGUCACCUCCGAAAACCAAAAAAGAGGUUAUGAGCUUGAUGGGAAGACUAAACUAUAUUAGCCGUUUUAUUGCACAGCUUACAACCACUUGUGAGCCCAUAUUUAAAUUGCUCAAAAAAGAUGCGGCUAUUGAAUGGACAGAUGAAUGCCAGCAAGCAUUUGAUAAAAUCAAAGAAUACCUGUCAAAUCCACCAGUUUUAGUCCCGCCUGAGCCUGGGAGACCUUUGUUCUUGUACCUGGCUGUCUUGGAGAAUUCCUUCGGCUGUGUCCUCGGACAACAUGAUGUUACCGGAAAGAAAGAGCAAGCCAUCUACUACCUGAGUAAGAAAUUUACUGCAUAUGAAGCUAAGUACACUUUGUUGGAGAAAACUUGUUGCGCCUUAACUUGGGUUGCUCAAAAGCUCAGACAUUAUUUAUUGGCGUAUACCACAUAUCUCAUCACAAGGUUGGAUCCUAUAAAGUACAUAUUUCAAAAACCAAUGCCCACAGGAAGGUUAGCAAAAUGGCAAGUCCUGCUCACGGAAUUCGACAUCGUCUAUGUCACCCGUACAGCUAUGAAAGCUCAAGCUUUGGCCGAUCAUCUAGCUGAGAAUCCGGUUGAUGAUGAAUACCAACCUUUAAACACAUUUUUUCCAGAUGAGGAAAUAAACUCAAUUGAGAUAACUCCAGGAGACACCAACACCUGGAAAAUGUUCUUUGAUGGAGCAGUCAAUGCAAAAGGUGUUGGGAUUGGGGCAAUAUUAAUUUCGCCCACAGGACAGCAUUAUCCAGCCACCGCCCGUCUCCGCUUCUUCUGUACAAACAAUACUGCUGAAUAUGAAGCUUGCAUAAUGGGCAUGACCAUGGCUGUUGAUAUGGAUGUAGAGGAAUUAUUAAUCAUGGGGGACUCCGACUUGAUCAUCAAACAAGCGCAACGUGAAUGGGAAACGCGGGAUAUUAAGCUCCUUCCGUAUAGACAACAUGUGGAGGAUCUCAGCAAAAGAUUCAAAUCCGUGGAGUUCAAGUACAUUCCUCGAUUUCACAAUGAGUUAGCCGAUGUAUUAGCCACUUUAGCUGCAAUGCUUCCAUACCCGGGCAAUACCCAUAUUGAUCCUUUGGAAAUUCAAAUCCGGGAAAGACACGGUUAUUGUGAUGCAGUUGAGGUAGAAUCCAACAUCCACCCGUGGUAUCAUGAUAUUAAAAGAUUCUUAAAAACAAAGGAAUACCCAGAACAAGCUAGUGGGGAUCAGAGAAGAACCAUUAGAAGGCGUGCCAGCAAAUUCUUUUUAAGCGGAGAAGUGUUAUAUAAAAGAACUCCAGAUUUGAACUUGUUAAGAUGUGUGGAUGCCAAAGAAGCCGGAAAAAUUAUGAACGAAGUGCACUCAGGAGAUAUUACUGGAUCACCAUGGAAAAAGAUUAUUUUCGUUUUGUCCGAAAGUGCCAUCAAUGUCAAAUACAUGGCGAUUUAA